AUGACAGAAAGGAAGAUUAAGAACAAUCCAAAACCAAAAGGUAAACCAGCCGCAAUAGGAGCCAUCCAAUGGACAGAUAUCGUUCUACCUGUCCAUGCCAACCAGAAUAAUGCUAUUGGCAAACUGACAGCACCGAUUUCAGCAGAAAACAAUUUUGAUUCAGGUGCCCUUAGGAUAAGGUUGCCAUUUUCAUCUCUCUUGCCUCUGUUAUCAUCGGGGUUUCUAGGGCUGUAUACUUUCUUAAAGAAAUAUAAAUGUUAA